CAUUACACUGUGUGCAUGUAUGUUCGCGAGACGAGUAUACUCCACUAUGGCACACUCAACAGUGGCGUCGCCCUAUAGCAGGGCGGUCGUCAAUGCCAUGCGUCGAUUAUAUCCGGAAGCAUUGGCAGACAAGAGCUUCGACAACACGGGCCUCUUACUGGAAUCACCUUUUGAUCCUCUCCGACGGAAUAUGAACUCGGUCUUGCUCACUGUCGAUCUUACCAAAGCAGUCGCAGACGAAGCGAUUGAGCGCCAAGAUUCCGUCAUCAUCGCAUAUCAUCCCAUCAUCUUCAGAGGUCUCAAGAGCCUUACAUUAGCCGAUACUCAGCAACAGACCCUGCUGCGUCUCGCAGCAGAAGGCAUCAGUGUCUACAGUCCUCACACAGCAGUCGACUGCGCUCGAGGUGGAUUGGGAGAUUGGCUCGCAGACAUCGUCACUGGCACACCCACUAAUGCUUCUGAACUGGAUGACGAUCUCUCCGAAGCUUCACCUGACAAAUCUUCACCGAAGGAAACACCCGCCCAGACAGCGUCGGUCGACGCCGAAGACAAAUCGUCUUCAUUGGAGGUGAAGAGACCAACGUACAUGCUCCAACAUCACCCGUCUCAACUGGAUCUGAACGACCGCGCCCUCAAGAUGGGCGACUCUGGACAUCAACGUUACCCCAUUACCAAGACUUCUGUCUCCGGCCACGAGGGCGCUGGCAUGGGUCGCAUUAUCCGUUUCUCCCAGCCUGUGCCCCUCCUUGAGAUCAUAGAUCGCAUUGGUCUUGGAAUGGGCAGUCCCAAAGGCUUUCCCAUUGCUGUCCCGCAAGGGAAACAGGCGAGCGACAUGAUGAUUAGCAGUAUUGCACUUUGCGCAGGAUCUGGCGGAGGUCUGUUUUCUCAGGCAGAGAAGAAUGGCGAGGAUGUGGAUCUCUACUUUACGGGAGAGUUGUCGCAUCACGAGGCGUUAGCUGCAAUUGAGAAGGGAAAAUGUGUGGUGAUGCUCUUUCACUCGAAUACUGAGAGAGGCUUUUUGCACAGUGUAUUGAAAGGGCAGCUGGAAAGAGCUGUCGGUGAGGAGUGGGAGAAGAUCCGAAGUGAAGAACGAAGCCAGAAGAACUUGAGCGAAGACUAUUUGGAAGUACUCAACGACAGCAGCAGCGAAAUUCAUGUGAGCGAAGUCGACCGGGAUCCUUACGGCAUCAUGAUCUCCAAGGACGAGCUGUGAGGUGGCCGAAAAUUAUAGAAGCGACACCCCCACCCUCAAGCCAGUGGCAUGCCUUAGCAGCAUGCUCGCGAUUACCGAACGCUACUCUCUGCAGUCCAUCCAGAACAUUACUCGUACAAAUACCAAAGGCGAUAGUUUUGGACCACGUACCACAUCUCCUCUCCACGCCGGCGAACUCGACAGACGGUCUUGCGACCAUACGCGAUCAGAUGCAUAGUCUCUCCUGCGUAUACUGAUAGACCUUGAAGAAGAACAUGCUGAUUCUUUCGAUCACUCUGAUAUACUGCCCAUGUCCGCCUGAAACGCCGAGGACCGUAUACGUAUGCAGCCCCCUCGCGUACAGGAGCAAGGAAAAUGCUUUUUGCGAUUGUCGUGUGCU